ACAGAAAUCUGUUGAGUGCAGCUCAGCCUGCCACUCCCUCUCUCACAGCCGUGAGAACCACAGGGCGCCUGCCGUCCUCUGGCAAACAUACACACACACACACACACACACGGAGAGUGAAGAGAGAGCGAGGGGGCGACGGGAAAGCGGGGAGGAUUUUCUCAUUUCUCCCGAGGAGCUGAGUGGAAGAUAACCUUGGUAUAAGCAUGGCAGAGGCACCGGAAGGGGAAGAGGAGAUUCAGUUCUUGCGGACGGAAGACCAGGUGGUUCUGCAGUGCACUGCAACAGUAGUGAAGGAGCAGAUCAAACUGUGCCUGUCCAGUGAGGGCUUUGGGAACCGCCUCUGCUUUCUGGAACCCACCUCCAAUGCCCAGAAUGUGCCGCCAGACCUGGCUAUCUGCUGCUUCACCCUGGAGCAGUCUCUCUCGGUGCGAGCUCUGCAGGAGAUGCUGGCCAACACCGUGGAGAUGAAUGAGGGAGUCGAUUUGGACAAAUGGUCGUCCCAGGGUGGGGGUCACCGCACCCUGCUGUACGGUCAUGCCAUUCUUCUCCGGCACUGCCACUCUGGAAUGUACCUCAGUUGCUUGACCACGUCUCGGUCACUUACGGACAAGCUAGCCUGCGAUGUGGGCUUGCAGGAGAAUUCCACUGGGGAAGCAUGUUGGUGGACCAUCCACCCGGCAUCCAAGCAGAGGUCUGAAGGUGAGAAGGUCCGGGUGGGAGACGACCUCAUCCUGGUCAGCGUAUCCUCAGAGCGAUACUUGCAUCUGUCCUACGCCAGCGGGGAUCUGAUGGUGGACGCCUCCUUCAUGCAGACCUUGUGGAACAUGAACCCGGUGUGCUCGGGGUGCGAGCUGGCAGAGGGCUACCUGACUGGCGGACACGUUAUCAGACUCUUCCACGGUCACAUGGACGAGUGCCUGGCCAUCCCCCCCCCCGACCAAGGGGACGACCAACGUCGAAUCGCCGAGUAUGAGGGGGGGGCCGUCUGUAGCCAGGCCCGGGCUCUGUGGAGAUUGGAGCCCCUGCGGAUCGGGUGGAGCGGUAGCCACAUGAAGUGGGGGCAUCCGUUUCGGGUGCGUCACGUGACCACAGGCCGAUACCUGUGCCUGCAUGAAGAGAAGGGCCUGAUGGUCCUGGAUCCCAAGCGGGCUAACACCAAGAUGUCAGCUUUCUGCUUCCGAGCCUCAAAGGAGAAGACGGAGGUAGCCCCAAAGCGUGACAUUGAGGGAAUGGGCUUGCCAGAGAUCAAGUACGGAGAGUCCAUGUGCUUCAUGCAGCAUGUUUCCACGGGCCUGUGGCUCACCUACGCUUCAGUGGAUGCCAAAGCCCGCCUGGGACCUCUCAAGAGGAGGGGCAUCCUGCACCAGGAGGGACACAUGGACGACGCGCUGUGCCCCUCCCGUUCACAGAUGGAGGAGUCACAGGCGGCCCGCAUGAUCUUCAACACCACGGGUCUCUUCACGCAGUUCAUCAAGGAACUGGAUGCUCUGAAUCCAAAAAACAAGAACCCCACACCGCUAUCUCUGUCUCUGGACCGAGUGGUCCUGUCCCUGCAGGAUCUCAUCUUCUACUUCAGCUACCCUGAAGAUGACCUGGAGCAUGAGGAGAAGCAGACCAAGCUGCGCUCUCUCCGUAGCCGGCAGAACCUCUUUCAGGAGGAGGGCAUGAUCACCCUUGUUUUGAAUUGCAUCGACCGGCUUAACGUCUACAACACGUCUGCCCACUUUGCGGACUUCGCUGGCGAGGAGGCCGGCGAGUAUUGGAAGGAGAUCGUCAACCUGCUGUACGAGCUGCUUGCUUCUCUGAUCCGAGGGAAUCGCUCCAACUGUGCUCUCUUUUGUGAUAAUCUCGAUUGGCUGGUUAGCAAACUGGAUCGCCUGGAAGCCUCUGGAGGGAUUCUGGAGGUGUUGUACUGCAUUUUGAUCGAGAGCCCAGAAGUGCUGAACAUCAUCCAGGAAAACCACAUCAAAUCAAUCAUCUCCCUUCUGGACAAACACGGGCGCAAUUACAAGGUGCUGGACGUGCUUCGCUCUCUGUGUGUGUGUAAUGGUGUGGCUGUCAGGUCCAAUCAGAACCUCAUCACUGAAAACCUGCUGCCAGGUCGUGACCUCCUAUUGCAGACCAACUUAGUGAACUAUGCCACCAGUAUGAGACCAAACAUCUUCCUUGGGACGUGUGAAGGCUCCACACAGUACAAGAAGUGGUACUGCGAGGUGGUUGUUGACUACGUGGAGCCGUUCGUGACGGCCCAGGCUGCUCACCUGCGUGUAGGGUGGGCUAUGAACGUAGGCUACAGCCCAUACCCUGGUGGGGGUGAAGGUUGGGGCAGCAACGGAAUUGGGGAUGACCUCUAUUCCUAUGGUUUUGAUGGCCUGCAUUUGUGGUCAGGGCACGUCCCCCGCGCCGUGGCCUCGCAUAGCCAGCACAUUCUGGCGGCGGAUGACGUUGUCAGCUGCUGCCUUGACCUCAGUGUGCCCAGCAUAUCCUUCCGCAUCAACGGUCAUCCCGUCCAGGGCAUGUUUGAGAACUUCAACGUGGACGGCCUCUUCUUCCCCGUCAUCAGCUUCUCCGCGGGUGUUAAAGCCCGCUUUCUUCUUGGUGGUCGCCAUGGGGAUUUCAAGUUCCUCCCACCCCCUGGCUAUGCACCCUGUUACGAGGCCUUACUGCCUAAGGAGAGGAUGCGUAUCGAGCCCGUGAAGGAGUACACGCAUGACUUCGAUGGUGUCCGCAGUAUGCUGGGUCCCAUGCAAUCACUCACGCACACCUCCUUCACGCCCUAUCCUGUGGACACCAUUCAGAUCGUGCUGCCCCCCCAUCUGGAACGCAUCCGGGAGAAGCUGGCAGAGAACAUUCAUGAACUGUGGGCGGUGACCCGCAUCGAGCAGGGCUGGACUUAUGCAGCGUUCCGGGAUGACAAUAAAAAGCUGCACCCUUGCCUGGUGGAUUUCCAGAACCUUCCAGAACCUGAGCGAAACUAUAACCUUCAAAUGUCUGGAGAAACCAUAAAGACUUUGCUGGCUCUGGGGUGCCAUGUGGGGAUGGGGGAUGAAAAGGCAGAGGAGAACCUGAAAAAGAUCAAACUUCCCAAGACCUAUAUGAUGAGCAAUGGAUACAAGCCUGCCCCCCUGGACCUUAGUCAUGUCAAGCUGACACCCAAUCAGAACACCCUGGUGGAGAAACUGGCUGAGAAUGGGCACAAUGUGUGGGCACGGGAUCGGGUGCGACAGGGCUGGACCUACAGCAUUGUGCAGGACAUUAUGAACAAGCGCAACCCUCGCCUGGUGCCGUACAACCUGUUGGAUGAACGAACCAAGAAAACUAACAGGGACAGUGUGUGUGCAGCUGUGAGGACACUCAUCGGCUAUGGGUACAACAUAGAACCUCCAGAUCAGGAGAGCAGUGGCCAUGGUAUGGAGAAUGGGCACACUGACAAGGUGCGCCUGUUCCGAGCUGAAAAGUCAUAUGCUGUGACCCAGGGGAAAUGGUACUUUGAGUUUGAGGCUGUGACAGCUGGGGAGAUGAGGGUGGGCUGGGCCCGACCCAGCGUUCGAUCCGACAUCGAGCUGGGAACAGAUGAACUGGCUUUUGUUUUCAAUGGGAACAAGGCUCAGCGAUGGCACAUUGGCAAUGAACCUUUCGGCCGUCAGUGGCAGGCGGGUGACGUAGUAGGGUGCAUGAUCGACCUGGCAGAGAGGACCAUCAUGUUCACCCUCAACGGGGAGAUGCUCAUAAGUGACUCUGGUUCCGAGAUGGCCUUCAAGGAAAUUGAGAUUGGGGAGGGGUUUAUCCCCGUGUGCAGCUUGGGUCAAUCCCAGGUGGGCAGGAUCAACCUGGGCCAGAAUGUCAGCACCCUUCGUUUCUUUUCCAUAUGUGGCCUCCAGGAGGGUUUUGAGCCCUUCGCCAUCAACAUGAAGAGAGACAUUACCAUGUGGUUCAGCAAGAGUCUGCCCCAGUUUAUUUCUGUGCCAACCAACCACCCGCACAUAGAGGUUUCUCGUGUGGAUGGAACAGCGGAUACUGCCCCCUGUCUGAAGCUGACCCACAAGACCUUUGGCUCUCAGAAUGCCAACACAGAUAUGCUGUUCAUGCGGUUAAGCAUGCCGGUGCAGUUCCAUGAGACCUUCAAGGUUCAGGCUGGGGCCACACCCCUUACUCGUGCCCUCACCAUCCCUGAGGAUGAGGCACUGGAGGUGGAACCUGACUCUGAAUAUGAGGUGCUGAAGAAGUCAGCAAGCCGCAAAGAGCAGGAGGAGAAGGAGGCUUCCGUGGCCAGGGAGGUCCCCGGUGUCAAAGCGGAGAACGAGAAGGACGUCACGACAGAGAAGGUCAAGAAGAAAGGGUUCCUAUUUAAAGCCAAGAAAGCUGCUAUGAUCACUCCCCCUCCUGUGGUACCCACAAUGCCCCGCUUGGUGCAAGAUGUUGUCCCAGAUGAUCGAGACGACCCAGAAAUUAUUCUCCACACCACCACGUACUACUAUUCUGUGAGGAUCUUUGCCGGACAGGAGCCGAGUGGCGUGUGGGUGGGCUGGGUGACCCCUGACUUUCACCAGUACGACCUGCACUUUGACCUCAAUAAAGUGCGUUGUGUCACUGUUACUGUUGGUGAUGACAAGGGCAACAUCCAUGGCAGCAUGAAGCAGAGUAACUGUUACAUGGUGUGGGGGGCAGAGUUUACCAGCACCCAGCAGGCCUGCUUCAGUCAAGAGGACCUGGUGAUUGGCUGCCUGGUCGACCUGGCAACUGGGCUGAUGACCUUCACGGCCAAUGGGAAGGAGAUGAAUACCUUCUUCCAGGUGGAGCCCAACACCAAGCUGUUUCCCGCCGUGUUCGCCGUGCCUUCCAGCCAGAACAUGCUGCAGGUGGACCUGGGCAAGCUGAAGAACAUCAUGCCCAUCUCAGCCGCCAUGUUCCAGAGCGAGCAGAAGAACCCGGUCCCGCAGUGUCCCCCCCGCCUAGACUUCCAGAUGUUGACACCAGUGAUCUGGAGCCGAGUGCCCAACGGCUUCCUGUACCCCGAGGUGUCACGGGUCAGUGAGCGGCACGGCUGGAUGGUGGAAUGCACUGAGCCGCUCACCAUGAUGGCCCUGCACAUCCCGGAGGAGAACAGAUGCAUCGACGUCCUGGAGCUCUCCGAGCGCCUGGACUUGUUGAAGUUCCACUACCACACCUUAAAGCUGUACUGCGCCGUGUGCGCACUGGGCAACAACCGCGUGGCACACGCCCUCUGCAGCCAUGUGGAUGAAUCGCAGCUGCUGUACGCCAUCGAGAGCACCUUCCUGCCAGGGCCGCUGCGCAGUGGCUGCUAUGACCUGCUGAUCAGCAUCCACCUGGAAUCGGCCAAGCGCGCGCGCUUGCUGACCAAUCGAGAGUUCAUCGUGCCCAUGACGGAGGAGACGCUCAGCAUCCAACUGUACAGCGAGGGCCACGCCCUGCCCGGGGUGGGCCUCACAACCUGCCUGCGGCCCAAACCGCACUUCUCGCCAGUGGGUUUCGUGAACACUGACCCGGACAUCUACACCCUCAGCCCCAUAAUUCCCCUGCAGGUUCUGAAGAUCAAAGCCAUCAGCAUGCUGACGGAGGCUGUGUUUGAUGGGAGUCAAGCUGUGCGCGACCCAGUAGGGGGCAGUGUAGAGUUCCACUUUGUGCCGAUCCUCAAACUCAUCAGCACUCUCCUGAUCAUGGGUAUUUUUGAAGAUGAGGACGUCAAGCAUGUCCUAAAGAUGAUCGACCCCUCCGUCUUCAACGGCAAGGAAGCGCAGGCGGCCGAGGAAGAAGAGGGUGAAAAGGGAGAAGAAGAGGAAGCAGCUGCCGAAGAAGAGGGAGGGGAGGCCAAGAGUCUUGAGGGAGAGCUGGAGGAUGAGGGAGUGGGAGAGGAGGAAGAGGAAGAUGAAUUGAAGGCUUUGAAGUCAGAGACGGAAGAUGUGGAGGAGGAAGAGGGAGAAAAGGAGGGUGGAGAGAUCACCGAAGAGGAAAAGGAAAGGGAAUCUGGACCUAAAGAGGAUGAAGUAAAAGAGGAAGAGGAAGCACCAGAGGAAGGCCUACUCCAGAUGAAACUCCCAGAGUCUGUAAAGUUACAGAUGUGCACCCUUCUGCAGUACUUCUGUGACUGUGAGCUCCGGCACCGUGUGGAGGCCAUAAUCGCCUUCUCGGACUCGUUCGUCAACAACAUACAGACUAACCAGCGACAGCGGUACAAUGACCUGAUGGUGGCCUUCACCAUGACUGCAGCAGAGACUGCUCGAAGGACCCGCGAGUUCCGUUCACCUCCGCAGGAGCAGGUUAUGCUGCUCACAAACUUUAGACAUUUACCGGAUGAUGAGGAGUGUCCUGUCCCUGAUGAGGUUCGGGAGAUUCUGCAGGAAUUCCACAAGGAGCUUCUGUCUCACUGUGGUGUUCACCUUGAAGAGGAGGAGGAAGAGGAGGAGGUAGACACCUCACUCCGCGGAAGGCUCCUGAGCUUGGUGGAGAAGGUCAAGAACCUCCGGAAGAAAAAGGAGGAAGAAGAGCCUGAGUCAGAGGAAGAACCCAAACCCUCCACCCUCCAUGAACUCAUCUCACAUACCAUGAUCCACUGGGCCCAAGAGUCUUUCAUCCAGAACCCAGAGUUAGUGCGGGUCAUGUUCAGCCUGCUGCACCGGCAGUACGAUCCACUCGGGGAACUGAUCCGUGCGCUGCCUAAGGCGUACUCCAUCAAUGCCGUGUCCGUGCAGGACACCAUGGACCUCUUGGAGUGUCUUGGUCAGAUCCGUUCUCUGCUCAUUGUCCAGAUGGGGCCCGAGGAAGAAAGGCUUAUGAUUCAGAGCAUUGGAAACAUCAUGAACAACAAGGUGUUCUACCAGCACCCCAACCUGAUGCGUGCACUAGGCAUGCAUGAGACUGUAAUGGAGGUCAUGGUCAAUGUUCUGGGAGCUGGAGGGGAGGCGAUCCGAUUUCCACAGAUGGUGACUAGCUGCUGUCGUUUCCUGUGUUACUUCUGCCGCAUCAGUAGACAGAAUCAGCGGUCCAUGUUUGACCACCUCAGCUACCUGCUGGAGAACAGUGGCAUUGGCUUGGGAAUGAGUGGCUCUACCCCUCUUGAUGUGGCAGCAGCGUCCUGUAUUGACAACAAUGAACUGGCGCUGGCUUUGCAGGAGCAGGACCUGGAGAAGGUUGUGACAUACCUGGCAGGUUGUGGCCUACAAAGUUGCCCCAUCCUUCUGUCUAAAGGCUACCCUGACAUAGGGUGGAACCCUUGUGGAGGAGAACGAUACCUUGAUUUCCUUCGAUUUGCGGUCUUUGUCAAUGGGGAGAGCGUGGAGGAGAACGCCAAUGUUGUGGUCCGUCUCCUUAUCCGGAGGCCUGAGUGCUUCGGCCCGGCCCUGAGGGGUGAGGGUGGUGCUGGACUGUUAGCUGCCAUAGAGGACGCCAUCAAAAUCUCUGAGGAUCCUGCCAGGGAUGGACCUACUCCCAAAAAGGACAGGCGCUUCAUGUUUGGUGGAGAACAUCUGGAGGAGAACCGUGUGCAUCUUGGUCAUGCCAUCAUGUCCUUCUACUCAGCUCUCAUCGACCUGCUGGGCCGCUGUGCUCCUGAGAUGCAUCUGAUCCAGGCUGGCAAGGGUGAGGCACUAAGAAUCCGUGCUAUCCUGAGGUCCCUGGUGCCCAUUGAUGAUCUAGUGGGUGUAAUCAGCUUGUCCGUUCAGAUCCCAAGCUUCGGGAAAGACGAGAGCAUUAUUGAGCCAAAAAUGUCUGCCAGUUUUGUCCCGGACCACAAAGCCUCCAUGGUACUAUUCUUGGACAGAGUCUACGGCAUUGACAACCAGGACUUUCUGCUGCACGUGCUGGAGGUGGGAUUCUUACCAGACAUGAGGGCAGCAGCUUCCCUUGAUACGGCUGCCUUCAGCACCACUGAGAUGGCACUGGCCCUCAACCGCUACUUGUGUUCCUCCGUAUUGCCUCUGCUCACCAAGUGCGCCCCGCUUUUUGCUGGUUCUGACCACCGCGCCAUCAUGGUUGACUCCAUGCUCCACACUAUCUACCGGCUCUCCCGGGGCCGUGCCCUCACAAAGGCCCAGAAGGACGUCAUUAGGGAGUGCUUGAUGUCACUUUGCAAACACCUGCGCCCAUCCAUGUUGCAACACUUGCUGAGGAGGUUGGUCUUUGAUGUUCCAAUACUUAGUCCACAUGCCAUAAUGCCUCUCAAGCUCCUAACCAAUCACUAUGAGCGUUGUUGGAAGUACUACUGCCUACCCAACGGCUGGGCCAACUUUGGUGUUUCAUCAGAAGAGGAGUUACACCUUUCCCGCAAGCUCUUCUGGGGUAUAUUUGAGUCUCUGUCACACAAGAAAUAUGAUUCUGAGCUGUUCAAGAUUGCCAUGCUGUGCAUCUGCGCCAUUGCUGGUGCCAUUCCCCCUGAUUAUGUAGACGCCAGUUACUCCCACACAGAAAAGAAAGCCUCUGUUGACGCUGAGGGCAACUUUGACCCCAGGCCUGUGGAGACCACCAACACCAUUAUCCCUGAAAAACUUGAUGCCUUCAUCAACAAGUUUGCUGAGCACACACAUGACAGAUGGGCCUUUGAAAAGAUUCAGAAUAACUGGACUUAUGGAGAGGUGCAUGACGAGAAUGCGAAAACACACCCAAUGCUUAGGCCAUAUAAGACUUUCUCUGAGAAGGACAAAGAGAUAUACCGUUGGCCCAUCAAAGAGUCCAUCAAGGCCAUGAUUGCCUGGGAGUGGACUAUUGAGAAGGCCAGGGAUGGUGAGGAAGAGAAGAUUCAGAAGACGACCCGCAAGAUAUCACACACAGCACAGGUGACCUAUGACCCCAGCCAAGGCUACAAUCCACAGCCCAUUGAUAUCACCGGCAUGGCAAUAUCAAGAGAGCUUCAGUCCAUGGCAGAGCAGUUAGCUGAGAACUACCACAACACAUGGGGCAGGAAAAAGAAGCUGGAGCUUCAGGCCAAAGGGGGCGGCACUCAUCCCCUGCUUGUGCCCUACGACACCCUGACUGCCAAGGAGAAGGCCCGUGAUCGAGAGAAAGCUCAGGACCUCCUCAAAUUCUUGCAGUUUAAUGGAUAUGCCGUCACCAGGGGCUUGAAGGACUUGGAACAGGACAUCUCCUCUAUUGAGAAGCGCUUUGCCUACGGCUUCUUGCAGAAAUUGCUGAAGUGGUUGGACAUUGCCCAAGAGUUCAUUGCACACUUGGAGGCCGUGGUGAGCAGUGGCAGGGUGGAGAAGUCUCCGCAUGAGCAGGAGAUCAAGUUCUUUGCAAAGAUCCUGCUGCCGCUGAUAAACCAGUACUUUAAGAACCACUGUAUGUACUUCCUGUCCACGCCUGCCAAGUUGCUGGGGAGUGGCGGUCAUGCCUCUAACAAGGAAAAGGAGAUGAUUGCCAGUAUCUUCUGUAAAAUGGCCGCUUUGGUGAGGCACAGAGUUUCUCUGUUUGGUACGGAUGCUAAUGCUGUGGUCAACUGUCUGCUAAUCCUGUCACGGUCGCUGGAUGCCAGGACGGUGAUGAAGUCUGGACCUGAAAUUGUGAAAGCAGGCCUACGGUCAUUUUUUGAGAGUGCUGCGGAUGACAUUGAGAAGAUGGUGGAGAAUCUGAAGCUGGGGAAGGUGUCCAGCCGCAACCAGGUGAAGGGCGUGUCCCAGAACAUCAAUUAUACCACCGUCGCCCUGCUUCCCAUCCUCAGUACACUGUUUGAUCACAUUGCUCAGCACCAGUUUGGCGAUGAUGUCAUCUUGGACGACUUGCAGAUCUCUUGUUAUCGAAUUAUGUGCAGCAUCUACUCUGUGGGCACGGUCAAAACCACACACGUGGAAAAGUUGCGGCCAGCCCUGGGAGAAUGUCUCGGUCAUCUUGCUGCUGCCAUGCCCGUGGCCUUCCUGGAGCCUUCCCUCAAUGAGUAUAAUGCUUACUCUGUCUACACCACUAAGACACCACGUGAACGAACCAUCCUUGGCCUCCCAAACCAAGUCGAGGAGCUGUGCCCAGAUAUCCCUGAGCUAAACAUUUUGAUGAAGGAGAUUGGGGACUUGGCAGAGUCGGGUGCCCGCUACACGGAGAUGCCCCAUGUAAUCGAGAUCACCCUACCCAUGCUAUGCAACUACUUGCCACGCUGGUGGGAAAGAGGGGAGGAGAACUUCCCUGAGCAGGAGGGCAGCCUGUGCACAGAUGUCACCUCCGAGCAACUCAACCAACUUCUUGGAAGCAUCAUGAAAAUCGUGGUUAACAACCUAGGAAUCGACGAGGCCUCGUGGAUGAAGAGGCUGGCUGUGUUCACCCAGCCCAUAGUGAGCAGAGCCAAACCAGAGAUGCUGAGGUCCCAUUUCAUUCCCACCAUGGAGAAGCUGAAGAAACGCUCUGGGAAGGUGGUGGCUGAGGAGGAUCAGCUGCGCAUGGAAGGGAAAACUGAGUCGGAAAACGAAGAGUGCACCAUCCGUGAUGAGUUUGCUGUGCUCUGCAGGGAUCUGUAUGCCCUCUACCCUCUGCUCAUCAGAUACAUAGACAACAACAGGCCAAGGUGGCUUACCUGCCCAGAUCCUGAUGCAGAGGACCUCUUCAGAAUAGUGGGAGAAGUCUUUAUCUUCUGGUCCAAAUCUCAUAACUUCAAGCGAGAGGAGCAAAACUUUGUUGUGAUGAAUGAGAUCAACAACAUGUCUUUUCUCAUGGCCGACAGCAAGAGCAAGAUGAGCAAGACCGGGGAUGCUGAGGGGGGCGGCUCAGAUGUGGAGCGUUCAAAGAAGAAGCGCCGGGGCGACCGUUACUCGGUGCAGACAUCGCUCAUUGUUGCUGCUGUGAAGAAGCUCCUUCCCAUCGGCCUCAACAUGUGCUCGCCUGCGGACCAGGAGCUCAUUAACCUGGCCAAAAUUAGAUACUCUCUGAAAGACACAAAUGAGGAGGUGAGAGACUUCCUUCAGAACAACCUCCAUCUUCAGGGGAAGGUGGAGGACCCGUCCAUGCGCUGGCAGAUGGCCCUGUACAAGGAGGGUGCCGGCAAGGCUGAGGACGCAGAGGCUCCUGAGAAGGUGGUGAAGAGGGUGCAGGAGGUGUCUGCAGUGCUGUAUCACAUCGAGGUGACAGAACAUCCCUUCAAGUCUAAGAAGAUGGUAUGGCACAAGCUGCUCUCGAAACAGCGUCGCCGUGCCGUGGUGGCCUGCUUCAGGAUGACGCCUCUGUACAAUAUCCCCAGGCACAGAGGAUCCAACAUGUUCCUUGAUGCAUACAAGCGCAACUGGAUCGGGAAUGAGGGCUACUCGUUUGAGGAUAAAAUGAUAGACGACCUGUCUAAAGUCAUGGAGGAAGUAGAAGAGGAGGAGGAGGAGCCUGAAGCAAAGCCGGACCCCCUCCACCAGCUCAUCCUUCACUUCAGUCGCACGGCUCUCACCGAAAAGAUGAAACUUGACGUGGAUUAUCUCUACAUGGCUUAUGCUGACAUUAUGGCAAAGAGUUGCCACAUUGAUGAGGAAGGUGGAGGGGAAGAGGAAGAGGGCAGUGAGGAGAUGACUUUUGAGGAGAAAGAGAUGGAGAAGCAGAGGCUCUUAUACCAGCAGUCCAGGCUGCACAACCGUGGAGCGGCAGAGAUGGUCCUUCAGAUGAUCAGCGCCUGCAAAGGUGAGCCAGGAUCCAUGGUGUCCUCCACCCUGAAGUUAGGCAUCUCCAUCUUGAAUGGGGGCAACAGUGAUGUCCAGCAGAGAAUGCUGGACUACUUGAAGGACAAGAAGGAUGUGGGAUUUUUCCUGAGUGCCCAGGCACUGAUGCAGACCUGCAGUGUCCUGGACCUGAACGCCUUUGAAAGACAGAACAAGGCAGAGGGGCUGGGCAUGGUGUCUGAGGAGGGCUCAAACGUAAAGCUAGAACGCGAUGAGAAGGUCAUGGCUGACAAUGAAUUUACCUGCGAUCUCUUCCGCUUCCUGCAACUGCUCUGUGAAGGUCAUAAUAAUGAUUUUCAGAACUACCUGCGGACCCAGACAGGCAGCACAACCACCAUCAACAUCAUCAUCUGCACUGUGGACUAUCUUCUCAGGCUUCAGGAGUCCAUCAGCGACUUCUACUGGUAUUACUCUGGGAAGGAUGUCAUCGAUGAGCCAGGCAAGAGGAACUUCUCCAAAGCGAUGACGGUGGCAAAACAGGUGUUCAACAGCUUGACAGAGUACAUCCAGGGCCCCUGCACUGGAAACCAGCAGUCCCUGGCACACAGCAGGCUGUGGGAUGCUGUAGUGGGAUUCCUGCACGUCUUUGCCCAUAUGAUGAUGAAACUGGCCCAGAUGCACCCUGACCCUGGACUCCGAAAUGCAGAUCUUUUCUGGAGUCGAAAACAUUCAGAGGACUCGCGUCAGAUUGGUCUGCUUAAAGAACUGCUGGACCUCCAGAAAGACAUGGUCGUUAUGCUUCUGUCUCUUUUGGAGGGUAACGUUGUGAACGGAACCAUCGCCCGCCAGAUGGUAGACAUGCUGGUGGAGUCCUCCAGUAAUGUGGAGAUGAUUCUCAAGUUCUUUGACAUGUUCCUCAAGCUCAAGGACAUUGUGGCCUCAGAUGCAUUCCGUGACUAUGUGACGGACCCCCGUGGCCUGAUCUCCAAGAAGGACUUCCAGAAGGCUAUGGAUAGCCAGAAGCAGUACUCGCCCUCAGAGAUCCAGUUUCUGCUGUCCUGCUCGGAAGCCGAUGAAAAUGAGAUGAUCAACUUUGAAGAGUUUGCAGACCGCUUCCAGGAGCCCGCUAAAGAUAUUGGGUUCAACAUUGCAGUGCUGCUCACAAACUUGUCAGAACAUGUUCCACAUGAUACGCGGCUGCAGAACUUCCUUGAGCAGGCAGAGAGUGUUCUCAAUUACUUCCGCCCCUUCCUAGGCCGUAUUGAGAUAAUGGGUGCCAGCAAGAGAAUAGAGCGUAUCUACUUUGAGAUCAGCGAAGUCAACCGCAAUCAGUGGGAGAUGCCCCAGGUCAGAGAGUCUAAGCGACAGUUCAUCUUCGAUGUAGUGAAUGAGGGCGGCGAAUCUGAAAAAAUGGAACUUUUUGUCAACUUCUGUGAGGACACUAUUUUUGAAAUGAAUAUUGCUGCACAGAUUUCUGAGCCAGAGGAAGGGGAGAAGGAGGAUGAAGAUGAGGAUGAGGGUAGUGCGGAGGGUGGCAGUGAAGAGGGAGAAAAUGGAGAAGCAGCUUCAGAGUCAACCUCAGCCUUCGCGGAUUUCAUCAAUGGCGUGUUCAAUUUCUUUGGAAAGUUCACCUUCCGCAACCUGCGGCGACAGUAUCGCAGAGUGAGGAAAAUGACCGUGAAGGACAUAGUGGUUGGGCUUGCUACCUUCUUCUGGACCAUCCUUAUGGGAAUCCUGCACUUCAUCUACAGCAUCUGCAGAGGCUUCUUCUUGCUCAUUUGGCACACACUGUUUGGUGGUAGUCUAGUGGAAGGGGCUAAGAAAAUUACUGUGACUGAGAUCCUGGCUAGCAUGCCAGAUCCCACACAGGAUGAGGUUCAUGGAGACCUACCAGCAGAUCCAGCAGCAGGGGUGGUGCAGGAAGCGGGCGGAGCAGCUGACCUGAUGGAAGGUGGUGGUGGAGAAGAGGAAGAGCCAGACUCCAAGGAACAGGAAGGUGGCCGGAUACCUGGUAUAGACAUACCUGGAGGGCUGGGCGACAUAGGUGAUACCACUCCAGCUGAGCCACCUACCCCAGAAGGCUCACCCAUAACCAAGAGGAAAGUGUUGGGUUCUGAGGAAGAUGAAGCUGAGCCUGAGGUCAUAGAGGAACCAUCUGCAGAACCCGAGAAGGCUGAUGCCGAAAAUGGAGAAAAGGCAGAAAAGGAGGCAGAAGCUGAGCCUGAAGCAAUGGGUGAAUCACCAGAAGAGAUAAAGGAAGAGACAGUGAAGGUCAAAGCCAAGAAGGACAAGAGAUCAGCGGGAGAGCAAGGCUUUGAGCUCUGGAAUGAACUGGACAUCCAGAGGAAUAAAUUCAUGAACUACCUGUCCCGUAACUUUUAUAACCUACGUUUCCUGGCUCUUUUCAUUGCUUUUGCUCUGAACUUCAUCCUGCUCUUCUACAAGGUGUCGGACAGCCCCCCAGGUAUGGAAGAGUAUGAGGGCUCAGGGAUGUUUGAAGGUUCUGGGGCUGAGCCUGAGGGUUCUGGAAUGGAGGAUGAUGGAGGGGAUGAGGAUGAGGAAGAUGGACUGGUGUACUACAUCCUAGAAGAGAGUACUGGCUACAUGGAACCAGCCAUGACUUUACUUGCCGUCAUCCAUAGCAUCAUCUCCUUCCUUUGCAUCAUUGGCUACAACUGCCUUAAGGUCCCCUUGGUCAUCUUCAAGAGAGAGAAGGAGCUGGCACGAAAGCUGGAGUUUGACGGUGUUUAUGUCACCGAGCAACCUGAGGAUGAUGACAUCAAGGGACAAUGGGAUCGACUGGUCCUCAACACACCGAGCUUCCCAAAUAACUACUGGGACAAGUUUGUCAAGAGAAAGGUCCUGGAGAAGUAUGGUGACAUCUAUGGCCGGGAGAGGAUAGCAGAGCUGCUUGGCAUGGACCUGGCCUCUUUGGAUGUGAGCACCCAGCAGAGGGAGAAGAAGCCCGCACCUGACACCUCUUUGUUUACAUGGAUCACAUCCAUUGACGUGAAGUACCAGAUCUGGAAGUUGGGAGUAGUGUUCACAGACAACACCUUCUUGUACCUGGUGUGGUACCUUGUGAUGUCUUUGCUAGGACAUUACAACAACUUCUUCUUUGCUUGUCACCUGCUGGACAUUGCCAUGGGGGUCAAGACCCUGCGUACCAUCCUGUCCUCUGUCACCCACAAUGGCAAACAGUUGGUGAUGACAGUGGGCCUGCUAGCGGUCGUAGUCUACCUCUACACUGUGGUGGCCUUCAACUUCUUCCGCAAAUUCUACAAUAUGAGUGAGGACGAGGACGAGCCAGACAUGAAGUGUGAUGACAUGAUGACAUGCUACCUGUUCCACAUGUAUGUUGGGGUGCGCGCUGGUGGAGGCAUAGGAGAUGAGAUCGAGGACCCCGCGGGAGAUGAGUAUGAGCUCUACCGUGUGGUCUUUGACAUCACCUUCUUCUUCUUCGUCAUCGUCAUCCUUCUGGCCAUCAUCCAGGGUCUCAUCAUUGAUGCCUUUGGCGAGCUGAGAGAUCAGCAGGAACAGGUCAGAGAGGAUAUGGAGACUAAGUGCUUCAUCUGUGGAAUUGGGAGUGACUACUUUGACACGACACCACAUGGCUUUGAGACGCACACCCUUGAAGAGCACAACUUGGCCAAUUACAUGUUCUUCCUCAUGUAUUUAAUCAACAAAGACGAAACAGAGCACACUGGACAGGAGUCUUACGUAUGGAAGAUGUACCAAGAGCGCUGUUGGGAUUUCUUCCCGGCUGGUGACUGUUUCCGGAAGCAAUAUGAGGAUCAGCUGGGAUAACUGUGUCACAUGUCUGUGUGUGCGUGCUAGAGGGAGG